AAAAGAUUUUAGUCAACGUUUGGUCGCGAUCGCGUUCGCACGGUUCAGUUAGUACCUAAGGCGCUAGUUCAAGUAGCAUAAAGUUGUGGUCGCCACAAGGGAGUGCUUUGAAACCACCGGCGUGACACGCUACCGCGAAUUGUUUGUUUAUUGUUUGGUUGCGCCUGUUUUGGAGUGGCUGUUCGUGACAUCGAAAGAAGACUAGUUUCAAGUUUUGGGCAAAAAUUAAAUACAGAAAUACGGCGGCAUUGUGUUGAUAAAAAUCAGGGCACCGUAAAGUUACGCAAGCGUUUCUUCGUGCUGAAGUAGCGGAUUUUGUGUGUGUGUUGUUUUGAAAAUAUCGAGCAUGAGUUUUGGAAUUCAUUUGGUGAAACAUUAAUUACUCUGGUUGAGAGAAAAUUGAAGUCAUCAUAAAAGUUUGGGUGAAAUCGGGUUGGAGUGAUACGGCUGAAAAACCAAACCCAAUAAAGUGAAGCAGUAGAAACGAUAAUGGAAGCCAAGGAAAUAGUUCUGAUCACAGGUGGCGCCGGAUUUCUCGGUCAACAUUUGAUCAAAAUACUACAGGAACGUGAUCCGAAAGUUGGCGAGAUUCGUGUCGUCGAUUUGAAGCCAUUCGAUAACAGAUUUGACACUCGCAAGGUCGUCUCGUAUGUGGGAGAUAUCUGCAAACCGGGCAGCAUCGAGACCGCCUUUGAGGGUGUCGAUUGCGUGUUUCAUAUGGCGGCCUUCAUUAACUUUGACUUCCCGCCCAACUACGGCAAGCUGCAGCGGGUUAACGUCGAUGGGACCCAGAUAGUGAUCGAUUUGUGCCGAAAGUACAACAUCCCGAGGCUGGUAUACACCAGCGACUGCCUCAUUCACAUGACACCCUAUCUGGGAAGGGCUAAUUUCACGAUUGUCUGCAACCAAACCGAACCGAAGACGAAAGUUCCCGCUAAAGAAAGCGAGUUCCAGAUUCCCGGAUACGCACCGUCAAAGCUGAAGGCGGAAAAAUUGGUCCUGGAGGCGAAUAAUACACUGCUCGCAAAUGGAGAGAAGCUGCAAACGAUUGCGAUGCGACUGCCGGUAAUGUUCGGCGAAGGUGAUCAACGUUUCAUUCCGACCAUCAUCAAGGUGGCGAUGCGCUUCGGAGGAGAAAUUCCAAAGAUUGCCGGUCCCGGGGGAAAGCAGCAGCUGCUGUACGUGGGCAAUGCCGCUUGGGCCCACUAUCGGGCCAAGGAAGCGCUGGCCAGCAAACCGAAGGACAUCGCAGGCUAUCCGGUGUUCGUUACGGACGAGUCCGGUAUCGAGGACACCACUCGCUUCUGUCAGCGCUUAUCCCGGGCUAAUGAAACGCUUAAGCUGCGACCGUCCUGGUACCAGAUACCGCUGUUCUUCUCCUUCUUCCUGGCUUUUCUGCUCGAGCUGCUGAUUAAAGCGCUUAAUCCGAUUGUGAAAAUUAAACUGAGCUUUCCCCCGUGCGGACUGCUCUCGUACAUGUCAUCGAUUCUGCUCUACAAUCGCAUCCGAGCGUCCAUCUAUCUGGAUUACGAGCCUAUCUAUAGCGAGGAGAAGGCAGUGUCCAAUGCGGCGCUCUGGUACGAGAAAUGGUACCAGGAUUACUGUCGGGAGCAUAAUCUGAAGAAAUUGAAAGUCAAAUAAGCACCCCACUCGAAAAGUCGUCGAUGGAGGGAACGAUUCGAUAAUUGAAAUUUGUUUUCUAGGAAGUAAGCAUUUUCGCAGAUUUUCUGCGUGAUAGGAUAGCGCUAAUAUCGAAGCGGGGUGGGGCGAAACGCACACCUGUCUGUGAGAAGCCCGCGUUUAUAUACUCAACAACUGUGUAAAGACAAGUACAGUAUUGGAUACAGGUGAGCAUAAAUAGCCUCUUUUCGUGGAAAGAGUAGG